AAAUUAAUAAAAGAUUAGUCAAAUGUGACAACGACCAAUGAGGCAUGGCCAAAUAAAAGCUUGAAGAGACUAUUCAAAGUUAAGGAUAAGAAUCAAAGAAAGAAGAUGGAAUCUGAAAGACUCGAAUCACAUCUUCUGAAUAAGCAAGAAGAAGAAGCUUCUUCCUUCACUUCUGGUCUUCUUCUCAGCACAUCCGUCGUUGUCGCUGGAUCCUUCUGUUAUGGCUGCGCCAUGUCAUAUUCGUCGCCUGCUCAGUCCAAAAUCAUGGAAGAACUGGGACUUUCCGUUGCAGAUUAUUCGUUUUUCACUUCGGUAAUGACAUUAGGAGGAAUGAUUACCGCCGUGUUCAGCGGUAAAAUCUCUGCUCUCGUUGGUCGUCGACAGACAAUGUGGAUCUCAGAUGUUUGCUGUAUUUUUGGUUGGCUCGCUGUAGCGUUUGCACAUGAUAUUAUAAUGCUUAAUACUGGACGACUCUUCUUGGGGUUUGGGGUUGGUCUCAUUAGUUAUGUGGUUCCUGUGUAUAUAGCAGAAAUUACACCCAAAACAUUUCGUGGAGGAUUUUCUUAUUCCAAUCAGCUUCUACAAUGUCUUGGGAUUUCACUCAUGUUCUUCACCGGAAACUUUUUCCAUUGGCGAACAUUAGCUCUUUUAAGUGCAAUCCCAAGUGCUUUCCAAGUGAUAUGUUUAUUUUUUAUUCCUGAAUCUCCUAGAUGGCUGGCGAUGUAUGGUCAAGAUCAAGAGCUUGAAGUUUCGUUGAAAAAACUAAGGGGAGAAAAUAGUGAUAUUCUAAAGGAAGCUGCUGAAAUCAGAGAAACAGUGGAAAUAUCCAGAAAAGAGUCUCAAAGUGGAAUAAGAGACUUGUUCCAUAUCGGAAACGCACAUUCGUUAAUCAUUGGAUUGGGUUUAAUGCUCUUGCAACAAUUUUGUGGGAGUGCGGCGAUAAGUGCUUAUGCUGCUCGAAUUUUCGACAAAGCCGGUUUUCCAAGCGACAUAGGAACAACCAUCCUCGCAGUGAUUCUGAUACCGCAAUCUAUAGUUGUCAUGUUAACCGUUGACCGAUGGGGACGCCGACCACUUCUUAUGAUUUCUUCUAUCGGAAUGUGCAUAUGCUCAUUUUUUAUUGGCCUUUCAUACUACCUUCAGAAGAAUGGUGAAUUUCAGAAGUUAUGUUCCGUUAUGUUAAUCGUCGGUUUAGUGGGUUAUGUCUCAUCCUUUGGCAUUGGCCUAGGUGGAUUACCAUGGGUUAUAAUGUCUGAGAUAUUUCCGGUGAAUGUGAAAAUCACCGCCGGUAGCCUUGUAACGAUGUCAAAUUGGUUUUUUAAUUGGAUUAUCAUCUAUAGUUUUAAUUUCAUGAUACAGUGGAGCGCUUCCGGUAAGAUUCCACACAUCAAAUAUAACUGCUCAACUAUUUAGUAAACAUAAGCGAAUAAUUUAUAUAGUUAAUUUUGGUUUGUUGGAUUUAUAGGAACAUAUUUCAUAUUUUCUGGAGUUUCUCUGGUGACGAUCGUAUUCAUAUGGACAUUGGUGCCUGAGACGAAAGGCCGAACACUCGAAGAGAUUCAAACAUCAUUAGUCCGACUUUCGUAAAAUCUAAGUAUGGAUUAUACGUAAUGUUAAGUCUCUUGAAUAGUCUUUUUAACCGCUGUCAAAAAGAAAAGAAAAGAAUAGUCUUUUUAACCGUAUAUUAAUGUUUGGUUAAAUAAGCGUUUUCUCUCACUUUGAUUAAAUAGUAAUAAUGGCUAUGAUUUUACCUAUAGGAUUUAAUAUUUGAAAACUGUGAUUUGUGAGCUCUAAUCUUGAUUAGAGUGACACAUAUUAAAGUGUAAACGUUAAAGUAAGGGAGAUGAGCCGUCGCAGGCAGGCUAAUGUAG